GGUGGUAAAAAACAAGAUGGCCGCCGGCCGCUUGAAGCGAAUGGUUUCCCCGGCUGUGAGUGAAAGCGCUGGCGAAGCGCGGCAGCAGCAACACGGACUCAACUUGGCCGUGUCGUCAUCACCACUACCGCCGCUAUCGUCGUUGCCUCCUUCAGCUGCGUCCUCGCCGCCUUCCUCUUCGGCCCCAAACAGCACUUUAGACGAAGGGGAGGAAAAUAAUAAAAAUAAUAAACUCGCCGGCCCUUUAUAUUUCUCGGUCGACCGUAUGGACUCUCUGUUUUUGGCCCGGCCGACCAGAGUGCGGCGGCGCCCCGAGCCUUUCUUCCGCGGCGAGAGGUGCGCGGCGGCCGCUCGAGGAGGAGCCAAAGACUCCGAGACAAAUAAUUAUAACCACCACAACCAUUGCAACAACCAUCACCAUCAUCAUUCUCCUCACCGCCGGCACCAUCGUCACCAUCAGGCUGGGGAGCCGGCGGUGAGUUCUACGGCAGCUCCCGGUCUUGGCCUAAAUAGGGGCUCCUCGCGGUUCUGCGCCAAGCGCCAGGACGGAAUGAAUUCCGAUGGAUUUUUUCCCAGCGCCGCCGUCGAGGAGGAAAGGGGCAACACUGCGGUAUCGAGCACCGCCGGCAACUGUCUGGCCAAAGAACCGCCUUGUCUGACCCGCGACUCUGGCCUGAUGAACGGCAGCAACAAAGCGGCGGGCGGCUGCGGUGUUCAGCGGAACAACGGCGCCAUCUCGUUGAACUCGGCUUCGCCCGGCAAGGGGAACCUGGAUAAAAGCCGCUGGCUCCGGCUGCAGCAAAACACAAACACCACCACCUCCGACCUCGGCCUACUAUCCAAAGGCAGCCGCAAAAUUCCCGGUCUCGAGUAUGGAUGUCGAGCCGAAUUUCAUGGCACAAACCCCGGGGAAAGUUCGCUAAAAUCUCGCUGCAGCGAAGUAAAUGUUAAUUGUACAGGAACCGAGACCCAAAACAAAAAACAUACCGCUAGGAGAAACAGUACUAUCAGUAACACCAUUAAACACCACAAUAAUUGUAAUAGUCUCAGUAAUAAUGUUAAUAGUACUCACAAUAAUAUUAAUGUUAGCCAAGAUGAGGUGAGUGCUCAGAGUAUAUUAGUUAUGAGUAAACAAGCCGAGAUCAGGAGCAGGGCUCACCGCCUCUGCAAGCGUUUGCAGGUCGUACAGGCUAAACAGGUGGAGCGCCAUGCUCAGCAGCAGCUGGCAGGUUUAGUGGGACACAGUUUAAAGCGGUUUUCUUCCUCUUUCACCGAAAGUUUUAUUAAUAACAACAGUAGUAGUAGUAGUAAUAAACAUAAAAGCACUUUGUACGGGAACAGCGCACUACUGGUUGGAUCUUCGUUGCUGAGGAGUUUUCCAAGAACGGAUUCGGAAGGAGGUGGCGGCGGUGCUCAUUCUAGUCCCAGCUCUUCCCUUAGAUCUGGCGGGGGCAGUAAAUGUUUGUUGUCUUCACCGAAUGGGGAUACUUUCUCUGGUUUUUUGAAAGAUCGAGCUGUUUCUGAGGAUCUGCUAAAACUGGUGUCCAGCGUGACUGCCAAACUCAGGACUUCGGAGAGGGCUUUCGAUUCCGAUGCCACUGAAAGCAGCUCGGGGGGCGAGACGGAUGUAGAGGAGGAUGGCACGGGUGGUGCAAAAUUCGCGCAUCGGCAUGCAGUUCUACAUCGUCGAUCAGAGUGGAGAUGGGCCAUGGAAAGGGCAGCAAUUGUCAACCGUUGGACAUGGUUGCAAGCUCAGGUGUCUGACCUGGAAUACCGAAUAAGGCAGCAGACAGACAUAUACAGACAGAUCCGUGCUAACAAGGGCCCAGUUGUCCUUGGUGAGACUCAAUUGCCAGAAGAUCUGAUGAAGAACCAGUACCGGUUAGCGACGACGACCUCGGCAAUUGGCUCACAGGGCCCUGAGGCGUACUCGAACGCCUCAUCUGCUGAAGUGCCAGUCCCUAUUGCCAAUAACAAAUGUGAACUCUCACCCUGCAGCCCAUCUCUCCUCCUACGGAACAUUGACAAACAGAGUUCUCGCCUUACACAGUCUCUGGGAAGCCUCAUCUGUCCCUCCAGCCCUUCAUGUAGCUCUCCGUCAAGCUCUUCACUACUGCCUAAAGUCUGCACGCCGCCAAGGCAAUUAAAUGGACUGCUGAACAGUUUGCAUUCCAGUCCUUUGGAUAACAGUUCGCUGGACAGCUCAGACACAGAGGAAAUCCUUUGUAAAAGGCAGCGAUUAGAUGGUCUUACCAUCCCUUCAUCACCACCGGACAACAGCUGUGUUGCUGCCAGAAUUCGUCCUGUCAGGAGGUACAGGAAAAGGAGGCUGGUCAGAUCUAACCUGGCAUGUUAUCUUGGUAGAAAGGCCCAGCGUCCCCUCAGCGUCAAAUGUAGCUGUGACUGGCCCAAUGUGUGCAUUUUGUGUGGAUCCAAAACCCUGAUGCAGGCUAUGGAUCAGCCUAGUAUGUCUCCAGAAGAAUGUGUGGCUAUAAUGGAGCCCUGCUACCACCCCAUAUUGUCGCUUCCUCAAGACACGCCUCUUCAUGUGCACUUUGAAGCUUUACUCAAGCAGGAAGAACAUCAGAAACCAUCUCAGAAAUUGAAGUCUUUGAAGUCGUUUUCCCAAGUGAGGCAGAGGCCCCAAGACACUGCAAAGAAAGUCUGUCAAAAACUUGUCUCAUCUCUCCUCACGUCAGCCAAAUAUGUGCAAAGCAGAAAUGCAUCGGAAAAGGUCUUCAAACAACGACUAGAUCACUGGCAGCCUAUCUCCAAAACAGAGAUUGAUCCUUUCACAGAAAAACUCAACACUCAGAUAAAGAAACAAAGGUCAUCCUUCAACUUAGGGCUCAAUAAACGACACAAAGCAGCUUCAAGUUCAUCCCCAUCAUUACUGAACCCCCAGACUCCAAAACCCAGUUCAGUGAUGCACCAGUCGCCUUCGUACACCGAUAUUCCUCCUUCAGUUGUACACAAUCAACCAGCAUCAUCCACUACAUCUACACCAUCUGCACGAAGGAGAAGAGGUGAAAGUUCAUUUGACAUAAACAACAUUGUGAUCCCCAUGUCCAUGGCUGCAGCAGCUCGAGUGGAGAAACUUCAGUACAAGGAGAUUCUGACACCAAGCUGGCGAGUUGCGGACGUUGAACAGUCAAAGCUACAGAAUUGCAAGUUAGAGGAUGACCAGUACGAAGAUAUGUCUGAUGAAGCCUUCCUUAACCGCCAUUCCAAAUGUGAGGAAAUGGAACGUGCUCGAUGGUGCUUGUGGUCUUCAUCCAGCUCGGCCAGGAGGGGAAGCAGAUCUUCUAACAAAGCUGACGGCAGGUCUACCCCCCAGCCGCAACAAGUAAACUCAACAACCCCUCAGCCCGUGUCACCCGACAGUGGAUUCCACCUACUCAAUGACUACCCCCACACGCCCUCAUUCACUGGCCCUGUUAGCCCUGAAACCUACUCAUCGCUCAAUUCCUUCUCAAAAGAUCGCAUAAGAGUUCUGUCCUUCAGUGAGGAUACACGGUCAUCUACGCCUGAAGUCACAGAUGAAGAAGUGCAGAUGGUGCAACCCUGGGAGCCAAGAAUAUUUCCCUUAUCAGCUGAAGACAUGGAACUAUUGAAAGGACAUACCAACCCUCAUAGAGAAAGCCGCUGUGAGCGACCAAGGGAUCUGCACUGGCUGUCGGCUAACAAGCCGGGUAUUAGGACCGAAUCUGCCGAGUGCAUCCCUUCGUUAACGCAGAGUCCAAGAGGCCUCGCGUGUUUACAGGAUGACAACAGUUCAGACUUGAGAUUAACUCUGGCAAUAGAGAAUGAACGAAGUAUGGAUAGGUGAACUUGACGCACGCAGUAAUUUAACAACCAGAUCCACAGAGCAGACACAUCUUGUACAUAUAUGCUGUAUCUAUAUAUAAAUAUAUAUAAAAACAGAGAGAAAAACUGUUAUUUUCUUUUUAAUGUUUGAUAUUCAAACAUCUAUUUUUGAGAGAAUGCAUAUAUAACUUCUAUUAAGUGGGCUUUUUAUUUUCAUUUCUUUUCAAGUCAAUGUACUGUAAAUUGUACCAUUUGGGGAUGGGGGAGGUAGUGGUCAGGGGGAUCAGUCACAAAUGUAAAGAAUAUAAGGUCCUGUAUGUAAAAGUGAUGUCAGUCUUGCCAACAAAACAGGAAGGGAAAGCUUUAGAGAGAAAAAAAACUUUUUAAAACAAAAUAAUUAAUGGAUGUGGUGGGGGGAAGGGAGCAGGAAUCCUCAUUGGAAAGAAUUGAACAAGUUUCUCCUGUUGCAGUAAAUCCUUUGGGCUUGUCUUCAUUAACACUGCUGAAUUCUAGAAUACUUGUGUUGUUGUAUAGCAUGCCCGAGGAGUGGUCGACUGACUGUACUUUCCCUAUAUUAAAUUACUACAGUUCUUGUUUA